AUCUGCAAUAAUUUCUUUCACUUCUUAUUUGUCUCAAGCACCAGGAAUCUUACAAAGAGCCAUUUCCCUUUGGUUUUCGGUUUAUAGUAUGUACUUUACACAGUCUUCGUAAGGAGUAACUUUUUCUGAUAAGAUUCAGGUUUGGUUAUUUUAUCCACCACAGUUGCAAGGGAGCAUUUAUAGAGUAGCAUAAGAAUAAGCAUAAGACCAUGUUUUCUUUCUAAAAAUAUAAAAAAUCUCAUUCAUACUUAAAUAUAUUGUUAAGAUUAACUGUGAAUGACUUUCCUGAGACAAAACAAAAUUGAUAAUAUGCAUGGAUGUUCUUCACUGCAUUCAGAAGAUUUUGUCAAAAUGCAUGUCGCCUAAUGUAUUAUUCAUUCGGUUUAUACUCCUCUGUGUAUUAUUGAUAUCACGUAUGUUUUAUCAUUCCAUAUCCUGAUAACUGUGUUGAAUUACCUGAAUGUGGAGGAGACAGUGGGAGAUGUGUGAAAGAUGAUGACUGGGGAACUUGCUAUGUUCUUAGCUGAACCAGCAGGUUGCCCUAGAAACAAUUGCACUUGUUGCAGGGAUUGUACCCCUAAUGCCCAGUGCACUGCUAAUCAAGGCUAUUGUUACAAUGGUACGAGUAGCUACAUGUGCACAGGUACCAUCUACGAACAAGGAUGCGGGGAGGCUGCAUGUCUCUGUUGUAUUAAUGGUUGAAACCUAUCGUUGGCAAUAAAAACUGUCACUACUUAUGGUCCAUCCUUGAACAUCCCAGUACAUUUCAACUUCAUCCACCAUGGGUGUGCAAGAGGAACUCGUCGCCCUGAAGAGGAAGAGGGCAAUCAGCAAAAGGAAGGUAACUAUGUGCAAUGAAGGAAUCAAUCGAGGUGAUGAUUUAUCAUUGUUAACGAAGAACUAUGAGGAAAUGGUUGAAGCCUUUAAAUGCCUAGAGUAUCAAAAUGAUGAACUGAUACAAUUUAUAUGUGAAAACGAGGAUAAGCUAGCCGAUAGUAAUUUAGAAGAAGAAGCCCAGCAAUAUAUUCUAGAUAGUGAAAGAUUAAAAUGUGAAGUAAGUGCAAAAAUAUUCAAAGGUGUCCAGGAUGUAAAGGCAACAGAUAAAUCGAAGGUUAAAGUAAAGAAAUUUGAACCACCAAUGUUCGAAGGUAAUUUAAGAAACUAUCCAACUUUUAAGGAAGAUUAUGAGAAUUUAGUUAAGAGUAUAUAUGGCACUAAUCCAUAUGCUCUCAAAAUGUGUCUAGGUGGAGAAGCACUUCACGCAGUGAAGGGCUCAGAGGGUAAUUAUGAUGAAAUGAUUCAACAUUUGGAUGAUAAAUUUGGGAAUUCAAGAAAGAUUGUAGACUUAGUGGUUGGUAAGCUUAGAUCUCUAAAGAAAAUUUAUGAUGAUGAUACCAAAGGAUUUAUUAAAAUGGUCGAUCAGGUUGAGCAAUGUUGGCUUGAUUUAAAAAAGGUAAAUCUCUCUGAUGAACUUAAUAGUGCAAACGUUGUCAGCCAUAUAGAAAAGGUUUUACCUUUACUUCAAAUGAGAUAAUGGGUAAUUAAAGCAGAUGAGGUAUCAGUAACUAGCAAUCUGUUUCCUGAGUUGUUGAAGUUCUCACAGAAGGAGAGAAAAAUUUUGGAAUAUAUGAAUUCUAAUGUUAGGAGUAGCAGUAGUGAUAAUGAGGCAACAGUCCAUCAUGUUGACAGCACAGUUGAGAAUGAAUCGGAAUUGAUAAAAUUGGUGUAAAAAAUGGGGGAAGAACAAAGUAUAAA